UAACAAAAUCCAACAUAACGUGGGAUUUCAACUACACAGCCAGUCGAAAGCUGCUUGAACUAUGUCACAGGAAAACAGUACACUCCAACUCUGCCCAGGCCCUAACACAAAACCAAAUACAAGACAAUCAAAUCAUACAAACCCACGCUGAGUACAAUUUAAGUAUAUCCCAGGGCAAAAACAUGGACCAUCAAUUCAUCAUCAUCAGUCUUAAACCCCGUAACUUCAUACACCGUAUACCGUAAAAGCCUGAAACGUUCCCCUUCAGUAAUUAUCAGCGGGCAUUUCCACCGGUUCAGGCCUACGAGCUGUAUUCUCUAACUCCGAUAUCCCAGCCAUCACCCGGCCACUCUUGUCUAUUGGCGGUUCAUACCCCAGAAUAGAGAUCUCUAUUGCUUCAAGUUUCUUUCGCCGAAGACGUCGAGCAAUCAAGAUCCCUGCAAGAACCCCAACCGUGACGGCUAGGGAAAUGCCCAGGCCCUAGGGCAACUUUUGCGCCGGUGCUAAGGCAGUCUGGUCCUGCGCGCGAAGCAUCUGCCUUGGUGUGAAGUGCCUGGAAUACCCGUGGGGGUCGCUGUAUGAGCUGGAGCAGCCGAGCUGGACGUAAAAGGACCACUGAGUUUGAACUAGCGGGUGCUGGCCGUGGACACAAGCUUCACACCGGGGUAGAUGUUCAGGUAGAAGACGUUGGACUCGGCUAGGUUCUUUUUAGUUGAGAUUAUCCAGAGGAAGUAUGAGAGACCGGAGACAUUUUCUACGGGUGUGGUUAGAAGGUUGAUGCAUGCCUUUUCUUUCUAUUUUUCUCUCUCUUUUAUGUACUGUACAUGUGACAUAAGUCAGGUAAUAAUGAUAUGGCUACUUACUGAGUAUAAAUUCAGCCUCCUCCCUCGUCGGUCUUCUUUGGUGAAUAGCGAUAGAGAUGAAGUCAGUUAGUGUACCCUUCCAUAUGAUGUUCAACUAUUGUCUCGGUUCGUACCAAGAGUUGUAUUCGUAGGCGUUGUUUCUUCCCGGUGACGGUGGGACAAGAAAGUAGAACUGGGACUUGACAGGCAGUGCAAGAAGGAGCAGGAAUAGUGCGCUUGAUCGCCAGAGAGACUGGAGGCCCAUGGCCGUCACGCUAGUUAGGUUGAACCUGAAUUAGGGUUUCUGGCUGAGGUGAGACACGAGGCACCAUGUAUAGACAAUGGCGUUGAAUAAAAUCCGCAGCACGGAAGAUUUGAAGCAUGAUAUUUGUUACGUUCAUGUUGGCAGACAGGAUGAGUCUUCAGAGUAAAAGAAGUGAAGGAUAACCCUAAGUUGAACAAAGAAUGACAGACAGAACAUCAGGACACAACAACGAUCCACCAACGAUAUUCUAGCAAAAUAAGAGGUCAAAUACCGGCGACGAUCGAUUUUCAGUGAAUAAGAAAAGAAUGGAGCCGUGGACUGUCUAACGUCUUGGCAGG